AUGGAAGAAACUAAAUUACCUGUACAAAAAUAUGGUAAGGUACCCAGUUCGUAUACUACCCCCUUGAAAGAUAGGAAUAUUAUGUUACAGAAGGCAGAUCAAUCGUGGAAUCUUCAGCAAUAUGGUAAUACAACUGGUUUACAUAUCACUCCCUCAAAAGACAAAAACAUAAUGUUGCAGAAGGCAGAUCAAUCGUGGAAUCUCCAGCAAGAUGCUAAUACAACUGGUUUACAUACUACUCCCUCAAAAAAUAGAAACAUAAUGUUACAGAAGUCAGAUCAAUCGUGGGGUCUUCAGCAGGACGUUAAUGAGACUAGGCAUAUUCCAUUCGAUAUGUAUAUGGUACUUGCCACUAAGGGAAUGGUUCAAACUGAGACUGGAUUUGGUCAAAAUAAAAAUUCUCGAUUAACUAAACCGGGAGGAGCUUCACUUAUGCCUGCUAUGCAUUCUAGAGAACAAAAGUGGAAUCAACAAUUAGUUUUGCCAUCUGGUUUUGAAAAAUCUAUUUCUAAAAAUAAUAGAGAACUUAUCCCUUCUUCAGAUCCUUAUCCAAUAAGCGAAAUACAAUGUGAAGAGCAACAAAGACACCUAUCAUUACAAGGCCUAACUUCUCAUGCUGAAAUAUUCCGGAGACCAAUAGUAGUAUAUUUCUGA